AUGGCCGGCACACCGACGAACGCAGGUACGCAUAACACAGCUGCUCCAUCGCCGGGGCGGACUUUAGAGACUGCCGCAACUUCUCAGAGACUCAAAAAGAGAGAAUACGAUCGCAAAGCCCAAAGAGUUGCUCGCGAAAAGACGAAGAACCGUAUAGCUCAGCUCGAGAGCUUGGUGGAGAAAUUGAGUCAUCAAGAUGACACCGCUACUACAGCAUCGCUUAUGGCGGAGUUGUCAAAAGUGACUGAACAGAGGAAUAAGCUGAUGCGAUGUCUGAAAACAACUUCCUCUCUGUUCAACGAUCAUGUCAAGGAAGCCGAAUCAUGGGAUUCGACUAGACUGGUCUGUGACGUGCCGUCUUCCCCGAAGCCGCCAUCGAUGAGAGAGAUUUCCCCGAAACAUCCGAGCCCUGACUCCUCAAUUUCGCCCGCAUAUUCGUCCAUGCCUAUCUUCGAUGGCUCUACCCGUGAGGGUUUCGAGAAGGAAAUUGGGAUUGACUUUGUGGAUGAAUUCUCUGUUGAUAUCAGCCAACUUCUAAGCGACUCAAUGUUCCAGCCCGACUCCGCAGCGCCUGCGUCAUUCAAAGACACAGAUGAGCCACGGAUUGCGCCUGAAACGCUCGAAACAUCCGUACCGCCAAGCAAGAAGCAGAAAACAGGAACAGAAACAGAAAGAUUCUCAUCAUCUACAUGCCACUGCUCCUCAACUACCAGGGUUCGACGACUCUCGGAUGGUUCUCAAGUCAGCUGCAACAAUUGGAAUGCUGGCAACGAAAUACUCCAAGAGCCUUUCGCUCUCCCCGAUGCCGCAAUACGCCUGGAAGGAGAGACUGGCGAGGACGUCCCUGUUCACGCCGUGCUUCACGGCUGGGAUAGCUUGGCGUACUCGGGCAGGAUGACGCCUUUGUGGAGAAAGGUUCGCCAACUCGAUGAAAUCUGCUUCUCGGCGUGUGGCCAAGCGGAACGUCUGGCCGUUCUGUUCAUAAUCCAUCUUCUCAUGAGGGCAUACGCAGAUCCGAAACUAGUGGAGUCUGCAGUCGUACCGAUAUGGUAUCUGAAAUCGCAAGUGCAACACAUCUGA